UUCUGCAAGAUGAAACUUUGCCCAAUAUGUGGACCAAAACUUUCUGCAUUUUGUAUGAUCAUGUCUGUAUGGGGAGCCAUUUUUCUUGGACUGCUUGGAUUGUUCUUUUCAUUACAUGCUGUUACACUAUUUCCUGAUUUACAUUUUGAUAAAGAACAAGAAUUGGCAAUGUUUAACGAACCGGAUAUUGUUAACGAAAAAUAUGAUGAAAAAGCUAGACAAUGUUGGGUGGCAGCUUGCAUGUAUGUCGUUACUCUUAUUAUUGUCUUCUGGCAAAACCGUUUCAAUGAUACACAAAUCUUUUGAUAUUCCAAAGUUUUUAUAUAAAAUUCUUUAGUGUU